AUGUACCAGCGUUUAUGUUGUAGUAAGUGUAGUAAGUAUUACCCUACCUUGAAGUUCAUUGCAAAUCACAAACGUCAACAGCAUCCAUUCAAACGUGGUAAACCUCGAAAGCAAGUUGAUGAAACCUCACUAGCUGUUAACUUGUUAAACUUUAGAGUUGCCGAAGAUGUAGUUGAUCAUAAUUUGUUGGAAGAUGAGAUUUCGAAUUCGCGUGAAGUACAAUCUGAAAAUGAAUGGGA